CAGAGGGAGAGGGAGUCGGGGAGGUCGUGGCGGUGGGAAUGUACUGUAGCUCUGACUGGGAACAGCGAAGGUUGUCCGGUCAGUUUCGCAGUUUCCCCCUCGCCUCCCACAGAACCAGAACCAAACCCCCGGAUUCCAAGCUCCGAUCGGACCGACCCGCAUCUGAAGCGUCGGUCUUCGGCUGUCGUAAGGAUCGAAACCCAAGAGCUAAACUGGAUCUCCACUGCAGUGUUACAGUUACUCCUGUAACGAGGGUAUCCAAUGGAAAACAGGUGGCAUCCAGAGGCAGUAGGUGGUGGACAGACACACUGACUGUUUCCAAAGGGGAGGACGGCACAAAUGCAGACACACCUCUGAUGCCUCUGGCCAGUCUGAGCUCAUGGUGUGUGCUGGCUGGGAUAAAUUAGAGGCCUGGCCAAAGUUGCGACACAUAACAAAGCCCACACAGGAUGUCGUGGGCCAGAGGCCUCUUUGUAAGCAGAGUGGACGAGCGAAAAACAGCAUGGGGAGAGCGCAAUGGGAAGAAGAGAAAGCACAGCUCAUCACUCUGCAACCCACGCUACAUGAGCUGCUUGAGGGACCCUGAGGACCUGGAGCCCCCAAAUGCAGGUUCCCAACAUUACCACUGUGGAGCGGGCACCAGUGGGGGCAACUUUGGGCUCCGGUACGGUUGGCAGGAGGACCACUACGGGAAAAGGAUGGGUGGAGGUGGAGAUCUGGGUCUCAAAGCAGUGGACCUGGGCUUUGAGGAUGGUGAUCUAAAAAACAGGAAGGAGGAUGAAUUAGGGGAAUUAGCAGAAGGCAGCUGCAAGGCCAUGACUGCAGCAGACUGUUGGAUGCGGGUGGUUUGGGUUUUCCAGUCCAAGAAAUUCAGUUCUGCCAAGCUGGAGCGCCUUUACCAGCGCUACUUCUUCAGACUCAACCAGAGUUCUCUCACCAUGCUGAUGGGGGUGCUAGUGGUGGUGUGUGGGGUCAUGCUGGCUUUCCACUGUAUCUACAACAGCCCGUAUGCGGCCUACAUCUCAGUACUGUCUGUCGCCAUGGCUCUCUUCAUGGCCAUGAUGGUGGUGUGCAACCGAAAUGGUUUCCACCAGGACUACAUGUGGAUUGUUAGCUACCUGGUCAUCGGGGUCCUGAUUGUUGUGCAGGUUUUUGGGGUGUUGAUGGUGGACCCCCGCAGUGCCUCAGAGGGCGUCUGGUGGACUGUCUUCUUUAUUUACAUCAUCUACACACUAUUACCAGUCAGAAUGAGAGCUGCUGUGCUCAGUGGAGCUGUGCUGUCCACUAUACAUGUAGUGACCGCCUGGCAACUCAACCAAGAGGACAAGUUCAUUAUCAAACAGAUCAGUGCCAACGUGCUGAUCUUCCUGUGCACUAACAUGAUCGGGAUCUGUACCCACUACCCUGCUGAGGUCUCCCAGAGGCAGGCCUUCCAGGAGACGAGAGGAUACAUCCAGGCCAGGCUGCACCUGCAGAGGGAAAACCAGCAGCAGGAGCGCCUACUGCUGUCAGUGCUGCCAAGGCAUGUUGCCAUGGAGAUGAAGGCUGAUAUCAAUGCCAAGAAGGAAGAUAUGAUGUUCCACAAGAUCUACAUUCAGAAACACGACAAUGUUAGCAUCCUGUUUGCAGACAUAGAGGGCUUCACCAGCCUGGCGUCGCAGUGCACAGCGCAGGAGCUGGUCAUGACGCUGAAUGAACUGUUUGCUCGCUUUGACAAGCUGGCCUCGGAAAACCACUGCCUGCGUAUUAAAAUUCUAGGAGACUGUUACUACUGUGUGUCAGGGCUGCCUGAACCCCGGGCCGACCACGCCCACUGCUGUGUCGAGAUGGGAGUUGACAUGAUUGAGGCCAUCUCGUUGGUGAGAGAGGUGACGGGCGUUAAUGUGAACAUGCGGGUGGGCAUCCAUAGUGGGCGAGUUCACUGUGGGGUGCUGGGCCUGCGCAAGUGGCAGUUUGAUGUCUGGUCCAACGACGUGACGCUGGCCAACCAAAUGGAGGCCGGAGGGAAGGCUGGGCGCAUCCACAUCACCAAAGCCACUCUACAGUAUCUGAACGGAGAUUACGAGGUAGAGCCAGGAUUUGGAGGAGAGAGGAACGCUUACCUGAAGGAGAACAACAUUGAAACUUUCUUGGUGCUGGGCUGCAGCCAGAAGAGGAAAGAGGAGAAAGCCAUGAUGGCCAAAAUGCAGAGAGCGCGUGCUAAUUCUGCUGAGGGGCUGAUGCCACGCUGGGUUCCUGACAGAUCUUUCUCCAGAACCAAGGAGUCCAAAGUCUUAAGGCAGAUGGGCAUCGAUGAAGCAUCCAGCAAAGACAAUCGUUGUGCUCAGGAGGCGCUGAACCCCGAGGAUGAGGUGGAUGAGUUUCUAGGCCGGGCCAUUGAUGCACGCAGCAUCGACCAGCUGAGAAAAGACCAUGUGAAGAAGUUCCUUCUCACCUUUCAGACACCUGACCUUGAGAAAAAGUACUCCAAAAAGGUUGAUGAUCGUUUUGGGGGAUAUGUGGCCUGCACACUCCUUGUUUUCUGUUGCAUCUGUUCUAUUCAGAUGAUCAUUUUUCCAAAACCAACACUUAUGCUUGGUCUUUACAUCAGCAUCUUCAUCAUACUUGCCAACAUCCUCUUCAUCUGUGCCAUUUACUCCUGCAUCAAACUCUUCCCAGCUGCCUUGCAGACCGUAACCAAGAAAAUAGUCCAGUCUCGUGCAAACAGCACGUUGGUGGGCGUCUUCACCAUCCUCCUGCUCUUCAUCUCUUCCUUUGCUAACAUGUUUACCUGCAGCAGAGAACAACUGUGGGACUGCAUAGACAACGAGCCUAACAAAUCUGAGGUGAAUUAUUGUGUGCUGCGCAACCUGACGGCGACAGCAGGGGACAAUUUCACUCUGUGUUCCAGUCAGGCCGUGCUCUGCCAUUUCCCAGAGUAUUUCAGCUACAGCGUAUUGCUGACCCUGCUGGCCUGCUCCGUGUUCCUCCACAUCAGCAGCAUAGGCAAACUGGCUCUCAUGCUGUUCAUCCAGCUCACUUUCCUGGUGCUGGUGGAGUGGCCUCAGGUGGCCCUGUUUGACAACGCCGACCUGCUCAUCAUCGCCAACACUAUGCCUCUCAAUGAAACAGCAGAACAGUGCCUGGAGAAUGUACCCAAGGUACCCUUAAGGGUCAUGACACCUGUGAUCCUGACGGUGUUUGUCCUGGCUCUCUACCUGCAUGGCCAACAGGUGGAGUCCACCGCACGCCUUGACUUCCUCUGGAAGCUACAGGCCACAGAAGAGAAGGAGGAGAUGGAGGAGCUGCAGGCAUACAACCGCCGUCUGCUUCACAACAUCCUGCCCAAAGAUGUCGCAGCACAUUUUCUUGCACGGGAGCGGCGCAAUGACGAGUUGUACUACCAGUCGUGUGAGUGUGUCGCUGUCAUGUUUGCCUCCAUCAGCAACUUCUCCGAGUUUUAUGUGGAGUUGGAGGCAAACAACGAGGGAGUGGAGUGUCUCCGGCUGCUAAAUGAGAUCAUUGCUGAUUUUGACGAGAUCAUCAGUGAGGAGAGGUUCCGUCAGCUGGAGAAAAUCAAGACCAUCGGCUCCACCUAUAUGGCAGCUUCAGGCCUCAAUGACUCCACCUACGACAAGGAGGGACGUUCACACAUCCUGGCUCUGGCCGACUACGCCAUGAGGCUCAGGGAGCAGAUGAAAUACAUCAAUGAGCACUCCUUCAACAACUUCCAGAUGAAGAUAGGGUUGAACAUGGGGCCGGUGGUAGCAGGUGUGAUCGGAGCCAGGAAACCUCAGUAUGAUAUCUGGGGUAACACAGUCAAUGUGGCCAGCCGGAUGGACAGCACAGGAAUACCAGAUGGCAUCCAGGUGACCACAGACUUGUACCACGUGCUGGUCAACAACGGAUACCAGCUGGACUGUCGUGGUGUUGUCAAGGUGAAGGGGAAGGGGGAGAUGACCACUUACUUCCUGACCAGUGGCCCCCCAGGGAGUUAACGACACAGUGACUGACCGAAGCGUGACUCCCACUGCACUGACAAGACAGAGACUGCAGAGAGCCUGAGUGGUCAGCUCGGCGAUGAGCACUGAAGUAUGGUGUGAAUACAGCAGGGGGGCAGAAGAUGGCCAGCAGAGAAGAUCGUAGUCUGUCUGUAUGUUUUCACGUACUCAGAUGCACAUGUGUAGGAAGUUGUUCAUGAAUGAAGGAUCUUUUCCCAAGCUGCUUGAGAGAUCAUGAAGCCCAGUUGCCUUAGGAUGGAAGUGGCUAUGCUUAUGUUUAUGAGCAAUAGUACAAGAAAUUCAUCCAGAGUCAUUAUUUAUUUUCAUGCGGAUGGAUUUUUGUGGUAUAUAUAUAUAUAUAUAUAUAUAUAUAUAUAUAUAUAUAUAUAUAUAUAUAUAUAUAUAUAUAAAUAAGAAAAUAUGCAAGGAUACAUAUGAAGGAUGACAAUGACCAAAGAACAAAUGUUGUUUGAUAUGAAACACUUAUGUGUGUAAUGAUUCUGUUGAAAAGUACAAUAAUCUUAAGUAAUUUAUUCAUCCUUUGACAGCAAAGGCCACGGUAACACCUCUGUCACUGAUAGAGACGAACACUUACUUGUGAAGGAGAACACCCACAUGCACUCAGACAAAAACUCACAACAACCUUGGCUUGGAUUUCUGUAUUUCUUAUCAGGGCCUUCUUUGUUUCUUCCAGCCUGUGAUCAGCCACAGUCUGGACACGAGGCUGUCUGUGGUUCACUGAAAUGUAUGAUUGAUUACUUGCUCCCUGUAAUGUGUUUUUUGGUUCACACCAAAAGACGAAUGAAACAAAGGAUGAAAAGUUGCAUUAGCAUCACGGUACUAAGGAGAGAUUAUUAAACUGUUAGGAGAUGUUUUAUAUAAGUGUGUGUGGGUAUCGUGUGUAUGGGUGUGUGUACAUGGGUGUGAGCACAUGUAACUGAAUGCUGAUCUUUAUCUAUAAAGGGGCAUACUGUAACUUUUCACUGUGAGGUUUUUAUGAUACUGUAUGACAAAUGCUUUUUUGCCAAACUGGUUGCUGCAAGGCAUGUUUUAUAUUAUUCUUCAGAAUUAUCUGUCCAUUCUUGAUUUCUUGUGUCAAAUGAUCAUUUGAGAAAAAUUAUGUCUACUGCGCCUUUUACUGGACUGUGAUUUUGACUGAUUUCAUUCCAACACUAAAUAAGCAAAAGCCUGAGCGUAUGUUUUGUAUUCUGUUACAACAUGUGGACUGGUUUCCUGACAGUAUAGAUUCAUGCUGGCUUCAGUAUUGACUGUAUGUGGAAAUUAUCUGUCUGUUCACAAGUAUUGCCUUGAGAUUAUGCAGUUCUAAUGUCCAUGUAUUUUUAUGGACCAAGAGUCACCAUUUACACAACAGUAUUUGACAUUAUCUGGUUUCAUCAAGGCCCUCAAAAUUAGUUGUUCAAACCUGUAAUCAUAUGAAUGUAUUUGUCCAUGAUGAAACUUACUACUGAAGAGAACCACUCUUGACAUUGCCUUUGGUGUAUUGGCAGAGAUGUUGAUGUGAUUUCAUGUUUGUAGGGGCUUUACAUCUGGUGUUGAUGUGCUCACUUUUCUAUCUGAGCCUACAAACGAUGCCUUACUGGCUACUAAAGGUUUUCUCAUUCUCUGUGUGUCCCUCUGUGUCCUUAAAAAUUAAGGGUCAAUGAAACACUGUUGCAUUUUCCUUUUAAAUGGAGAGAGUUUGACAAAUAGUGCAAUGAUUUGAUUCAUUUCCCCUUGGAUAAGAAAUUAAUAAAUGGCUGUUUUUGCAUUUAU